GGCGCAGCCGGCGCGGAGAGGGGCCGCCCCCCCGCCCGCUCCGCUCCGCGCCCGCCGUCGGUGCCGGUGAAGGCGGCGGUGGCGGUGCCGCCGGCUCCCGCCGUCCCCCUGGCCCCGGCCCCGCGUCCCUAUGGCCGGGCAGGAGUGGGACUGGUUCCAGCGCGAGGAGCUCAUCGGGCACAUCAGCGACAUCCGAGUGCAGAACCUCCAAGUCGAACGUGAAAAUGUACAGAAGAGGACCUUUACCAGAUGGAUAAACCUGCACUUGGGAAAGUGCAAGCCUCCUUUGAAAGUGAAAGACUUGUUUAUUGAUAUACAAGAUGGCAAAAUCUUGAUGGCACUUCUGGAAGUCCUGUCGGGUCAAAAGCUGAUGCAUGAAUACAAAUCUUCAACCCAUCGCAUUUUUCGUUUGAACAACAUAGCCAAAGCACUUAAGUUCUUGGAGGACAGUAAUGUAAAGCUUGUUAGCAUUGAUGCAGCAGAAAUAGCAGAUGGAAAUUCCUCUCUGGUACUUGGACUAAUAUGGAAUAUAAUCUUGUUUUUUCAGAUUAAGGAGCUUACAGGCAACCUCAACAGGAACUCCUCCUCCUCCAGCCUGUCCUCUGGGCCCAGUGGUCCAGAAUCAGACACAUCCCCUGGCACUCCCAGCGUGGAGAGAAACAUGUUCAUUACAGUGAAGGAUCAGCGGAAAGCCAUCAGGGCCCUUCUAAUCUGGGUUCAGAGGAAAACCAGAAAGUAUGGCGUUGCAGUCCAGGACUUUACAAGUAGUUGGAGGAGUGGCCUUGCUUUCUUAGCUGUCAUAAAAGCCAUAGAUUGUACUUUGGUAGACAUGAAGCAUGCACUGGAGAAAUCAGCACGAGAAAACCUGGAGGACGCUUUCAGCAUAGCACAGAACAAACUGGGUGUCCCUCGGCUCCUCGAACCAGAAGAUAUCAUGGUGGAGUCACCCGAUGAGCAGUCAAUUGUGACAUAUGUGGCACAAUUUCUGGAGCACUUCCCAGAGCUGGAAGGGGAAGACUUUACAGAUCCUGACAAGGAGCUUCCAAUUGAGUCCACAUAUGUCCGCAUCAAAGAGACGCCAUCAGAAGAGGAAGGCAAAAUCUUGAUUUUAAGUGAAAGUGAAGAAAACAUGUAUACUGUUAAUCAUGAGAGGAGUCAUCCAGCUCCUCCAAAGGUCCAUAUUCACGAUAUCCCUGAGAGAAUCCCAUCAGAAACCACUUCUGAAAAUUGUAAUGGGAAACUGAGUCAGCCGUUAGGCGAUUUACAGGGGAUGUCUGAAGAGGAGCCUCAAAGGCCAACCUCACUGAAAAUUACAGGACCUGUCAGUUUUGAAUCCAGUUCCUCUUGGGAGGAUCUAAAUGACAAAUUCACGCCAGGUGAAGGGAGCAUCUCUGAUGAUCCACUGAAACAGAAUGAUGACCCUUCUCCAGCGGUUCUGACAAAUCAGAAAAAUUCUGUUGACUCUUUUGAAGAAUACUCUGAAGAAUUAACUAAGGAAACCCCUACUGAAUAUGACAAUGAAACCAAGAGCCUUUCAGCCAAUACAUCUUCUUUGAGUCCAUUAUCCUGGACUUCAGGCAUACUUACAGAUGAUUCUAUUAAUAAAGUUGAAGACAGCAAACCCCAGUCUUCAAUUCUUUUACCAGAAGAUACAUCAAAACAAGAAGAUACGCAGAAGUACGUUCUCCACCUUCUAAAUGAGGAAAUACAGACACUUCCACAAGAUGAACAUACAAAGGAAUCACCUGGCCUUGAGACAAUAGAAUCGAGCCCUUGUUCACCAAAUGGUUCCAAUCUCGAAAGCCAAGAACUAUCUACACAGCCUGAAACAUCUGAUGACUCUCUCUCAGAUGUACCUAAAACUCCAGAGGACCUGGACAGCUGUGAUGAAGUUGAGUCUGCAGCUGAAGUGCUACCCAGUUCUUCAAAAGUAUCCGUAAUACCCCAUGAUCUCUUUUAUUAUCCACAUUAUAAUGUUCCCAUAUCAGCAGUUCUGAACGCUUACCUCGAGCCUUGUAUCGAAGGUUAUGAUACAGAAAAUGAAAAAGCUUCUUCUGAAACAGUAACAGAUGUUUUACAUGACAAGAACUUACCAGAAGAGGACCACAAGGAGGAUGCUCCAGAGCCAGACUUGGAGAAUAAGCUAGGUACCCCUCCAUCAGAAACAGAUACUGAGAACAGCGAGGAGGAAACUAGAAAAACAAGCAGUCACGUGAAUUCUUCAGAUGAAAGAGAAGUGCCAUUACUAGUAGAAGAGUUAGAAAUAAAAGAGCAUGACAAUAAGGACACCAACGAUGAAGAUUCCGCUAUUCCACAACAUCCUGAGGCCAUAGUAGAACAUUUAGAGGAUUUACCAUUAGCCAUAAAGACACCAGAAGAAAAUAAUAAUAGGGAGGAGGAGGAGCAAAAUAUGAUUGAAGAUGAUUUGCAGAUCUCAGAAGUUGCCACUACUACUCUAUCACAAGAUGACCUGGAAGAAAAUGCUGACUUCCAGGAAUUUACCAGAAGCAGUGCCAAUGAUGCCAACAUUCAUCUCCGGAAAAGGUUUUCUCGUAAUGCUUCUGAGGAGGAAACCUAUGGUGCAAAUGAGCAGAAGAUGACAGAUAUGGAUGAAAAUCCAUUGAUCAUCGGGAAGAAAAAGGACUUGGAAGCAAGCGAGACUCCAGCACCAACUCAUGAGAUAGCUAUUUUUGAGCAGCCAGAGAUAUUCUACUUUGUCAUUUUCUUCUGGGUGCUGGUCUACUGCCUUUUACUCCUUCCACAGCUUCUUAGCAACAAAGUUUGAUCUGAGUGAGGUGUGGAAAAUAAAGGGAUGGUGUCUGGAUUGCUUUGUGUAUCUGCAUAUGAAUAUGUUCCUUCAGGUGAAGCACAAACAGAAAUCCAGGACCUGGUAUUUGUGUUUAUUAUCAGGUUGUCCUCAAUUCCACUACUGUUGUGCUAUGGCAGUGUCAGAGCACAUUUUAUAUUAUGGUAAUUGUGUAAAUAUAUAUAAAAACUAUCUGAUUUAGUAGAUGCAAUUUUGUACAUUUGUGCCUUGCUUUAUAAGAUGCUAAAUAAAACCAGAUAAUUAUCAGUAGAAGUAUGAACAAUUCAGAGCUCUAGUCUUCAAAAAUUAUUCUUCUGGCUUCAUUUUCUUAUAUAGGGCCUGAUAGCUGUGGAAGAGGGAUGGUUUUGACUUACCUCUGGAUGUGCCCACCUGCUAGGGCAAGGCUAGAAAUGCUUCUUCAUAUUUUCCAUUUGAAAGAGUUGGAGGCAGGGCAGAGCUACAGGCGGUGAAUCACACACCAGGAAUUGAUUACAGUUCCAUUAGCAAAUCCAGUGGAGGAUCAAAAUCAGGUUGAGGGUUUAUUGGAGUAGGGAAGAUUAAUUUUUUUUAAGAUUUAAAGUAAUUUUUAUCCUGCACCUUUUGGUAUGUUUGAUUUGCAGGAAUAAAUUGGGUAUGAAGAAGUAUGAAGAAUAUACAUCCUAGCUGUUUCUUAGGAGAGUUUAUAUGGGAACUCUGGGAACUCUCAGGCCAGGAACUAAAGUUUUUUAAAAGUACCUCAGUGCUUCUGAGUCUGCUUCUGCUUCAAUUUCUUUGCUGCUUUUAUUUACAAAUCGCAUAAGGAUUUCUGUCUUUUGCUGAUACAAAAAAUAAUAGGUAACUAGCUUUGCUGAGGCUACUGUUAAGGCACUAGGGCAUAGUAAAAGAAUUAGAAAUAUCUUUUGUGUCCAAUUCAAUUGAGAUAGAAAUGACAGAUGUAGAACUAAAUACAGAGCAAUGCUAACAACCAGUAUUGAUUUUCUAGUGCAACUGAAGAGAUUCCUGUGGCUUAUCCAUGGGCACAGUUGAGCUGCUUCUGCCUCUUGUAAGUUUUGUCCACAUCAAUAAUCACUUUAGGAAAUUUGAUACAGGAUUUUUGCCAGAGAAGGUGUAAUCCAUGUUUUAUAGGACAAAAGAGAAGUCUUCAAUUUCAUAGCAGCAAUUUUUCUCCAUGUGACUUUUAGUGAAGUCACUACUUCCCUUUGGCACAUUUUCAGUUUCAUGGUAUGCUUUAUGAGACUACAUCACGUUGCUGCUUCCACCUGAAAAUUCAGAAGGUUGACUGCAAUGUGCUUCCUAAAAUUUUACACUGAGUGAAAAUUAAAUGACAUGGCUGUAAGUUUUACAUACUUUGUUGUAGCAUAAGGUGUAUCCCUACCCUGGCUAAGUUCUCAGAUGAACUAAUAGAAUCAAGAUACAUCAAAAUAUAUAGCAAUUUAUUUGCAGGUAUUUAAAACCUGUCUGUAGUCAUGUUAUCUGCUGGGGAAAUCCUAACCAUGCAUCACAUUUCAUUCUUUUUCAUCAGCAUUUUGUUCCCCUGGGAUUUAGAUUCUGACCUGCAGUUAGAAUUCAAUAGAAGUAAGGAAUGACAGAUCUUAAACAUUGAAGAUAAAAUUCUGAACAGCUUUCAAGAAAGCUGAAAUCUUUCCUAUUCUGUCCUGUCACUGUUGACUAGAGCUGGAUUCACUCCAUGAACCUAGAAAUAAGAUCUAUUGUUCUUGGUGAGGAAGAGAUCCAAAUGUCCCAACUUAAUUUGGUUUAAAUCAGCUUAAGUAAAAAAAAAAUACAUUUCUUUCAUCUUGUUCAUGAAAACAGUCAAGAUUUUGAGUCAGCUGAUUUGUAAUACAUGAACUUGUUUGUGCCUGUUGUGGAAGACAGCGAUGCUUUCUUCCAAAAGAAAACCAAUGUAAGAAUUUUUGAAGGUGCUUUCUGGAAGUAGGCUAAAAUAGAAAGUUGAAGGAUUAGCGAUUUUUUCCUCUGAAAGAAUAAAACUUAGUACAAGAAACGUUUUAUGCUUUUCCUGAAAACCAGGGAAUACCAGGCUGGGGUACAGCAUUUAUUUAAUAGCAGCAAGCAGUAGUGUACUACACUAGUUUGGAGCAAAACUGUUGACAGCUUUUCAUUCUGUUCCACUCUUCAUAGGCUUCUUUGGUUUAUGAUAACUUUUGCUGAGCCUUUGUAUCUUUACUCUGGUUCUUCCAUGUGUGUUAAUCUUCAGCAGAGGCUGUUUGGAGUUGGAUUACAGUCCCUUUAUAGGGCUUUACAGCUAUCAAAGUUCAAUCAAGUAUGCUCCCUUCUUCUUUCCUUCCUUCCUCCAAAGAAAAUUAAUCAGGAUGAGGAGCUCUUUGGAUGUCUUAGCUAAACAACUGACAUCCACAAAGAAUGGAAAGGUGAAUGGGAACAUGCUAUGCCAGAAAUGUCAUUACACAGUAUUUUUGUCCAAGGAGAAAACCCAAGGUUUUCUUUGUUACCUGCCACUGAUGAAUAGUGACUGAUUCAUUGAAAUGAGCAGUUCAAAUGUCAAGCAGCAUCCUGCAAUUGCAUUGGUCAUCUCAGCCAGUGUUUCAAUUGAUGUACAAACUCCAGCCUAUCCCACUGAGUGACAGAAAUUGCUUCUUCCAUCCAAAAUAGAUGAAAAAAAAAUACUAAGCCAUUCCAUGAUACUUGGUAUUACAUUGCUUUCAAUUUUUGGGUUUGUUUUGUAUGCUAUAACAGAAGCAGUGUACCUUACCCAGCCAUUCCAUGGGUGAGAAGAUCCAGGGUGAAGCGCUAAGAGUGAUUUAACUGGUGGUGUCAAUUAUACUUAAAAAACAACUGAACUCUUCAAGAGUUUUGCCUUUACCUGGAACUGUAAAGACUGACAUCUGCAGAAGCAGCAGCUUCUCCCAGUUAAACUGACUCACGAGCCUGCAUCUCUUCUUCCACAAUGCAAGAUCCAAUUCCUUAAAUGCAAGUGCCCUGUUCUGGAAACACUGCUUGGUUUUGGCAUUUGUGGUCUAUUCUGAGCUACUGCCUAAAAGCCUGAUUAUGAAACAUUUAUUAUGGCAAAGCCUAUUUUAACUUGCUUCCCAGAGGACUGGCUGGUGGUAGUGGAGGAUAUAAAACCUGGUGGCCAAUCCAUUGUCUACCCAUUUUCCAGCCGAUAUGUGCAGGGUCUGACCAGGAGGUUUUGCUGAACUUUUGCCUGGGUUGAAAAAUGCUAAGCUUGAACUGGCCACAAUUGGUAUAUUGAUUUAGCAUCUGAAUUCAGAUACAACAGAUACUGAUCUGUUAAGACUCUUUCUAAAACCUGCUGGUUUUGAGCAAAUGUGGGUAGCAGAGCAUUGUGAAAUGUGUCAGGAAGUGCCUGAGGAUCACUGGAUAAAGGAUGUUUGGUGUUCACAGAAGCAGCAUUAAAGACUGAGUGGCAGCUGUAAUAGGAUGGUUUAAUGUUGUUGUAGUUAUGAAACUUAACUGCAAAGUGUUUCAUCAUGAUUUUAUAGAAAGUGCAAGGAAAGAUACACUAUUAAAGACAGAACCCCACUAAACAUUUAUGGGGCAGAUGACUUAGAGUUGAGGAAAUGAGUUAAAUAGUCACAUAAUCUACAAACUGACCAGAAUAUAGCUUUUGCCAAAUUGUAGGAAAUUAUCAGUGCAAAGGCAGGGCAAGCACAGCCUACAGUAAAAAACGACAAUCAAUUUUCAAUGCCAUGAAUAUUUUUGAGAGAUUGAGCUCUAAAAUGUAUUUUUAUUGAGUUUCUAGAUUGUAAUGAAUGUGUCUACAGAAUUUUAUGCAAAGCUUGAGAGUUCAGCUGUUUUAAAAUGAUUUUUUUUAUAUAGCAGUGAUUAUUUUAACUAUAUAUUUAAUAGAACUGUAAAACCAUUUUAAGAGUACCUGUAAAAUUCUAUGUAUGUGAUAUGAUUAUUUAUUAAUUAUGACUCAUGAGAAUGAACAUUAAGCUAUGCAUUGGUUGUGUCAUCCAUUUGAAAACUGGAAACUGCAAACAGGAGAAGAGCUUUUAAUGAACAGCAGAUCUGAAAAGCAGGGAAAAUUAUUGAAUACAUUUUGUGAUUCUUAAAGCUGCAUAGCCAUUUUGUGAUGUUAAACUUCCAGCUAAAGUUGCAAAAUAUACUGAGUGAUUGAGCUACUUUCUUCCAUUAAAACUUCCUGAGGCUGAAA